AAACUAAAUUUGUUUUGUUUCUAAGGCUGAUGUUUAAAAUGGUUUAAUUUUGUAAUUUUGAUGUCAUUAUGUACCUCAAUUAUGUAUCUUGAAUCGGUUUUAUAUUCUUGAAAAAAAAAAUUGCGAUGUUCAUUAUUCAAACAGUUGAGCAUAUUUAUGGAUUCGAAAAUGUGUCAAUCUUGUAUUGAAUUAUAUAAAACUUAUAAACAAUUUAGAUUUUACACCAAUUUUGAUCUUGUUGGCGACAUAAUAUAUCGUCAACGGUUAUCUAAAUUGAAUUUCUCUACGACUUAGUUGAUUUGUAAAAAUGAAAUUAAGUUGUAACAGAUCUCCAAACAAAAACUACUAGAACAUUUUUGUGUAUUUUGUGAUGCCUUUAACAUUUAAUUUACUUAAAAUUAUUUAUGGAGGCUGUUGUGCACCAUCUGGACCGUCUUGUCACAAUGCCUUCCCAGUCCCAAAUGUCUUAUCGAGGAUCAUCAAGUUUACAUGGUAGACAAAGCCAAAGCCAAGCAUCAGAGUUAUGCUAUAAAAGCGGAUCGUCUGUGGCAGGAAGCGCUGUGGGUGUGAGUGGUGUAGUAGGUAGCAGUGGUUUAAGUUCCAUAACAUCGAGUAGUGGAAGUCAAAGGGGCCACUCCCCUGCUACAUAUACUGGAAGUGCCAGUGCUAAUUACACUCCAAUGAGAUACAUUCAUCAAUCACCAUAUGCACCAUCUCCUGGUGUUGUUACUCCAGUUUCCACUUUUCGGGAUUUUCACCGAGAAAAUUCAUCUAGAUCAUCGGCUAUAGUGAGUGAUCGUCAAAAUUUGGAGUACCUUAGAGAUGGACCAGUUCCCGGCCAGGUGAAACCGAGGAUAUCAUUAUUACAAUCAUCAGAUUAUCUUGCACUUUCGAGAAAUAGACAACUUCAGAAUGAGAACUACCGAGAUUCAAUUGGUCCCCCAAAUUUACCACCUUUGGAUGUCAGUUCAUCACCCGUAAAGAAAAUAAGGCUUGGGGAACCCAAAGAUGUACAGAGGAAUCUUCGGAUUGAUACUAGGGCAAAGCAAAGUGAACAAAAUGAGGAUGACGGACAGCCAGCAGCUGCAUACACGCCCCAAGUUGAAGCAAUAUCGCCUACUUUGCCAUCUGAAGCACAACAAGAGGAUGCUAAUUUUCGUUCGACCAAAGAUCAUUUACUUCACGGGAUUUCUAAGGUUGACAGGGAGAUAAGCGAAACUGAGUUGCAGAUUUCAAAACUCAAAAGAAAGCUGCAAGAGUUAGAGGAAGCUGCCAAAAAGCCGGCAACACAAACCGAAGAAGAAGAGGUACCUCAACCCAAACAUCAAAGCCCCGCCCAAAAGAUUUAUGCAGAAAACAGGAGAAAAGCACAAGAAGCACAUAUGCUGCUAAAAAAUUUGGGUCCUAAAAUUGAAUUGCCAUUGUACAACCAACCUUCUGAUACAGCUGUCUAUCAUGAAAAUAAACGAAGGCAUCUGCUAUUCAAGAAGAGGUUAUUAAUCAAUUUAAGAAAAAAACACAUAGAUAGGGAAAAUCGCCAAAAAAGGCUGACAUCAACCUAUUCUUUGUUAGUUCAAGAUUGGCUAAGGAAAGUUGAGAAGAUUGAAAAUUCUCAGAAAAGAAAAGCAAAGGAUGCUAAAAACCGAGAAUUCUUUGAAAAAAUUUUCCCGAAGUUAAGGAAACAAAGGGAGGACCGUGAGCGAUUCAACAGGGUUGGUGCUCGAGUAAAAAGUGAAGCAGACCUAGAAGAAAUCAUGGACGGAUUGCAGGAGCAAGAGCUCGAGGAUAAAAAAAUGAGAUCUUAUGCUGUGGUGCCUCCACUUCUUCUUGAUGCCAAACAAAGAAGUAUUUAUUAUAUCAAUAAUAAUGGAAAGCUGGAUGACUUUGCAGCUGUGUAUAAAGAGAGGCAGUUGUUAAAUAUUUGGACACAAGCUGAGAAAGACAUAUUCAAAGAAAAAUUUCUUCAGCAUCCAAAGAACUUUGGAGCAAUUGCUUCAUAUCUAGAUAAGAAAAGUGUGUGUGACUGUGUUCAGUAUUACUACUUAAGCAAGAAAACAGAAAGCUAUAAGCGUGUUUUAAGAAAGACUCGUGUAACCACGAGGUCGCGCAGGAACCCCCAAAGCAAAGUGAACAGUGGAAAUGUGAAUAGUAGUUUAGCUAUUUUGAACACUGCAUCUGGGGUUACCACAAGACUUCAAAGGGAACAACUUCAAAAGCAGGAGCCCCUCCAGAAUUCUACCUCAGUGUCUCAGGCUCAUUGUGACAUGUCUGAUUUUAUCUUGAACCCUCGCCCUCAUCAACUUAACCAGCCAUUAUUAUUACCAUUGGAUAAAAAACUUGAAAAAGACAAAACUGAAACCAAGGAAAUUAAGAAGAAGAAAGAAGAUGAAGAAGCUACAGACGAAGACAUGUUUGAACCGAUGAGCAAUCAGGUGAUAGAUAGCAAAGAGAACACUGCAGCAGCGCAAGAGGCGAAUUCUGAGGCCAUGAGUGGGGGAGAUUCAGAAAAUACAGCAGCUGGAGUGGCAUGUAUAGUAUGCAAAACAGAAUCGAGUUGCACGAGAGCUCUUCCUCGGUAUCAAGCUAGUCAGUACAGUUUGAAAGAAGAGGACAUACCGCCUGAUGCAAGAGUGUGUAAUUUGUGCCACUGCAAAGCAGUUCGAUCCCGUUUUACCAACUGCCCUAUACUCACUUGCCCUAACACUAAAGGAUUUAGGGUUAAACGACUUCGUCCUUUACCUUGUAAAUGGGCAGAUUUGCCUCCACAAAUAAAAGAGCCUAUAAUAAAUGAAUUUCAAAUCGAUGAAUCUGUGACGAAGUGUUGUUCAGUAUGUUACAAUCGUAUUGUAAGAAGAAUAGGCAUUCAUACUGUGGAUACUGGUGGAAGUGGGGAUUCCGCUAUGCCUAGCUCGCCUUGUUCUCUGAACUCGUGGUCGGAAGAGGAAAUUUCAAAUCUAAAAAGAGGUUUGAAACUCCAUGGAACAAGAUGGCAUGAAGUUGCUCAAAUAGUUUCAACAAAAUCAUACAACCAAUGUAUGAACUUCUUUUUUAAGUACCAAAAGAAGCUUGGUUUAGACCAGCUUCUUCCACAAGACAUGAAGACUUCUACAGACGAAAGAAAACCUGUACUUACUGAUGAAGAAGAGUCAGGCUCAAGUACUUCGAGUUGUGAUGAAAUUGAUGCAGUUGGUGUCGGUGACAGUGAUACAACAAGUGCGCCUUCGCCCGUUCAUCCACCAGGUCCUCUUUUAGAAGAAGAUAGUAAAGGAAGAUCAGAUGGAACACCACCACCACAGCUGAUUCAGGAAGGAAGGGUGUCAGUUAAUAGUAACGAUUUGCACGAUAGAUCAACCACUUCUUCAUCUCCACAGGGAAAGACAACGGGCCCAGGGACUCCUUCUUUACCUCCAGUUUUGAUACCUAACAGAGAGGACUAUGACAGUUCUGCCACGGAGACAGCAGAUGAGGGACAAGGUGGAGGUGAAACCGAAUCAGGGGCCAAUCGAGGACCUACGCCCAAAAGAGACGAGGAACCCUCAUCCCCGUUAACCGUCAAAGACUUAAUGUUGGGAGUAAUAGAAAUGCAGCUCAAGAAAACCCAAGGACAAGGUCAGUCGACCAGUAACCCAGGUGGGGCUCCUACAAUUUCUUCUAUUCUGAAAACGGACCAUUCAUCAGUAGGUUACCUUCCACGUGAAAAACCUCGUCAAGUAGAUAACUCUUUAGCGACCGUUUCUGUUGUCAACACUCAUCAUUCCCACCAAUCUGUCCAGGAACUGCCAAAAGAAGGUCUUGUUGUAGUGCAGGUACAACAGGCUAUGCGUGGAGAACAAAGGGAGUCGGAAGGGGUGACUUUGGAUCUGAGUAUCAAGAAACCAAGGAAUGAUAACGCUCCUCAACCGUCUGCUUCCAAAAACGUUAUUCAGCAUCACAUACCUUCUAGUACGCCUGUUCAAGGUCCGCAUAAUGUGUUCCGUACAUCGCAACCUUCGAGUGAUCAUCCCACAUAUUUUCAUCAGCAAGUUCUUGCUCCUCCGUUGACGCCUAAACUCUCUCCAGGCAUCAUCACCUCUGCUGGAAAUACCGCAACUUCGAAGGCGCAGUGCGGUUCCAUUAUACAUGGUACACCAGUGUCGAGUCCGAAUCUUUACAGUCAGCCACGUUAUGAACCUUCUCAAACGUCGUUGAUCCAUCACACUUCACCACAUAAAGAGACAGGAUCAAUUACACAGGGGACGCCUGUUCAUCAAAGAGGUUCCCUUUAUACUCCUCAGAAUGCAGAAUACUUCCAUAAAAGAUUACCUUCUUCUGCUUACUACCCUACAAGACCACCAGCUUAUAAUGUGGAAUUAGAACAACGUCAAAUUAUUAUGAAUGACUAUAUUACUUCCCAACAAAUGCACGCUCCGAGUUCGUCCUCUGGUUCAAGAAACGGAAGGGAGAAAUUGUAUUACCAGAGUCCGAGACAAGGAGUUAUUCAAAGGCACAAUACGAAACCCCCGAGUCCGGGAGCGAGCCAUUACCCACCAGGCCAUGAAGCGUUUUCUUCAUUAGUCGAUGUAGCUGUGAGACAGCCGAGUUUGCCCGUUCCACCGCAUAGUGGCAUACCACCAUUGAGCGAUAUGAAAACGAUGCAAGAAGAAAAGAGACAUUUACAUGAAGGUCUAGGAGAGAGGUUUAAUAGAGAGAGUUCACACGAAAGAUAUUCAAGUAGAGAAUCUGAGAAUAGAUAUAUAAAGGAAAAUUCCAAAAUUCACAAUCCACCUACCUCUGUCACCCCUCAGUCUCAAGAAAGGCGUGAAAUGCAGCAGCAAUCUUUAAUUCAAUUAAGAGACCCCUCUCAUAGUAUUCGGGACCAAAUGCCAAUCAACACCCGGGACCAAAUGUCUCAUGGUUCAAGAGAAUCUUAUCGUCACCUCGAUCGGGGAGAGUUACAACAGCAUCAGAUGCAGCAGUCGUUACGAGAGCAACAACCGAUACAUAGAGAAAGAUCAGAGCAUCAUAGUCAACAGUCACAAAAAAUCCGUGAUCACCAUCAUCACAUCCAGCAGCAAAGGGAACGAGAUCAUGACAUCAGAAGUUCAAGAGGACAAAUGCCUAAUUUUUCACAAAGGAUCAUUCAUGAACCCCAUCAUUCGAUCGAUCAAAGAUUAAUCCAAGUUUCAAACUUCAGAGAACAGCCAACUUCAACACAGCAAUCUAGUAUGUCGUCUCAUUCAUCAUCACGAGGACAUAGCCAACAAGAACAAAGUAUCGAUGUCCAGCAACAAGGAAGUCGGUCUAGGAGUAAUGAAGGUUCAACGUUAACUGCUGCAAGUUUAAUCGAUGCAAUCAUAACCCAUCAGAUUAAUCAGAGUUCGGAUUCUCAAACAACAUCAACAUCUUCAGGUACCGCUAAUACACAACAGUCUCAGCCAACACGACCUGGGGAUCGGCUGUUCCAGAGUUUCCAUCGAGAGUGUAAUGAAUCAAAUGGAAAAAUUUCCCCAUUGAAAGGGAAUGUGUACAACAGUAAAGAGGAGGUCAGUAAACAACAGCAGCAGCAGCAGCAACCACAACAACAGCAGCCUCAGCAUCAGCAACAACAGCCACCAACUUCUCAACAACAACAGCAACAAUCCCAACAACAAUCACAACAGCAACAGUCGCAGCAACCACAGCCACCUCCAAGUCAUCAUGUAGUGACAACUUCAGUACACAUUGCACAUCAACAAGUAUUACCACCUAACGAGCACAUGGAUGUUUACAAUUCGGGCCCUCCUCAAGGGAUGCGUUCUGUCCUUUAUCAUGGCUUCGAUCCUCAAACUUGGAAAUUGCGUCGUGCAUUGCAACCGAAAGAUGUUGAACAAAAUCACCCGUCCAUGCCGUACAGUUCUGAGCCUCCUGUACCCCUUUCUCCUCUAGACUACGUGAAAAAUAGAAUCGCCGAAGUCAUGCGAACAUCCGAAGAAGAAGGAGCCAGCACGAAAGGAAAUGAAAGUCCCGCCCCUUCUGAAAUAAACACCGAAGAGAGCCCAGAACCAGCGAUAAUAUCGACAACAUCGUUUAUAACACAAUCUCACACUUACACUUAUCCUUUCAGUGCACUGAGUUUAAGCGCCGGGGCUACGACCGGCGUCCCUCCUCCUUCGAUUCCGCCUCCAAAAGUUACAAAACCGAUUACAGAAUCGAUACCAGAACCCGCGCCACUUCUUUCAGCCCAGUACGACCCAUUAUCAGACGAAGAUUAAUGUAUUUUAAGUGUUAAAACAAUGGAUUUUCUUGAAAGAAUAAAGGGAUUAACUCGAGUGCAUAAUUAACAUAGAAGUGUAUGUUUAUCGGUUUGCACACAUUUUAGCUAUGAAUGACUGAGACGAUUACUUCACAAUGUGGUCAAAAGUUUCUUAUUGCCAUUGGAUGUAUAUUUGUAUAGAACUAGGAUUAUCUUCAGUUGUAAAUACGUAAAUCAGGUUUACGUCAUGUUUAUGGGUUAAGAAGACCUGUUGAGAUUUUUUGAAAAAAUGGCUUUUAUUAAAAGUUUGUUAAGGGUUUAUAAAUUGUAAUUAAUGAGAUUUGUGUAAUAUCGUAUCUAUAAAUAACAAAUACUUAAGCGUAACUAUUCUACAGUUUUACAGAAUAUAAUAACAGUAUACAGAAAUAACGACUACACCUAAACCGAACAUGGAUAGAGCGGUUUCAAUUCUUUCAUCGUUUUAUUAAAAUUUGUUUUACAUUUCAGGAAUCUGUAUAAUUAAUGCCUUAUAUAUGUCUUUACACUAAGUGCUAAAUAAAAGUUAAACGUUGUUACAGUAUAAUAUUUGAUCCAUUCAUUUUCUAUUAGGAGUAUAUCGACUAUUAAUUGAAUUAAGAUAGAUUCGACUUUUACAGCUAUUCAACAGCAAAAUAUGAACAUUCAUAGCUGAUAAUAGUUUUGCCCCUUUCUGAGCGAUGCUCAAGAGAACAAAUAAAGCGAUAGAAAAUACCUUACAAUGGAUGGAUUGAAUGACAAUUAAGUGGACAAUAUUUGUUAAAUAUAGGUGCAGAUAAUUGUAUUUAAAAUAUAUGUGCAUUAAUUUUAUUAUUUCUUUAUAAUUUUUACUGUCUAAGUGUACUGUAUAAGACACUACAAGCAAUGAAUCUUGUAAAUAUAAUGUCCAAAUAAAUAUAAAAAUUGUAAUGUGUUGUUGAUCAUGACAUAAGUUAUAAAAAGAGUCUAUUGAUUUUAUUGAUUUUUUUUUAAUUUGUUACAAUGCAAGUUUAUGUGUGUAUAUACAUGAAGAAUGCAUGUUAAUUUUUAUUUUUUCUAUAUUGUUUUACAGGACUCUGUAACACUAUACUUUUUUAAAUAAACCAAUUUCUAAUUCACCUGACACAUUU